AUGGCUUUUUCAUUGAAAAUUGCAUUAAAAGAACCAGAGACUAAAUCAGCACUAUUUGUCUUCGGAAAUAUAUUAUUAUUCAUAUUUAUAAUAUUUUUUGUUCAUUCAGGGACUUAUACAUUCAUUUAUAUAAUUAUUCAAAUUUUUAUCUUUCGAAUAAUAAAUGAACGAUUAAGAUCUGGUCAUUCAUAUACAUCGACAAAGAAUUUAAAUAAUCAAACUGUUAUUGUUACUGGUGCCGCUUCUGGAAUUGGUCGAAUGACAGCAAUUGAAUUAGCUAAACUUCAUGCGCGUGUUAUUGUUGGUAUACGUAAUCAAAUGCGAGCAGAACGUGUUGCUCAAGAAUUAAGUAAAGAAUCAAAUGGAAAUGUUAUUGGUUAUAAUUUAGAUUUAACUGAUUUAGCAAGUGUAAAAGCGUUCGCUGAAAAAAUUGAUAAAGUUGAUAUUUUAAUUAAUAAUGCUGGUGUUAUCAAAGAACAUAAAGAAUUUACUAAAGAUGGAUUAGAAAGUACUUUUGGAACAAAUCAUAUUGGUCAUUUUUAUUUAACUCAACUUCUUCUACCAUUAUUAAUCAAAUCAAAUGGACGUAUUGUUAAUGUCAGCAGUCAAGGACAUGUUUAUGCUAAAGAAAAUACUGAUUUUAUUCAUAGUAAUUCAUAUGAUCCUUUUCGAGCUGUUUCUGAGUCAAAAUUAGCGAAUAUUCUACAUGUAAAUGAAUUACAAAGACGUUAUGGCAAUCAAGGUAUUAAAGCUUAUUCACUUCAUCCUGGUGGAGUUAGAACAACAGGCUUAAGUCGUGAUAACAAAUCUUAUAAGAUGUUAAUUAUAUCGCUUCUUUCAAAAAUAAUUUCUAAAUCUAUACGUCAAGGAGCAAUGACAACUUUGUAUUGUGCUUUAUCAGAUGAAGCUCAACCUGGAAAAUAUCAUUCUAAUUGUCGAGUAGCCCAACCAAGUUCAAUUGCUUAUGAUUCGAAAAAAGCACGAGAAUUAUGGGAAUUAAGCGAAAAGAUUAUUAAUGAAAAAACCAAACAUUUAUAA